AUGGAGGAGGCGCACCUGCUCCCGGCCGCCGACGUGCUGCGCCGCUUCUCGGUGACGGCCGAGGGCGGCCUGAGCGCGGAGCAGGUGACCUGCGCGCGGGAGCGCUACGGCCCUAACGAACUCCCGACUGAGGAAGGGAAGUCCCUGUGGGAGCUCGUGCUGGAACAGUUUGAGGACCUCCUGGUUCGAAUCCUGCUGCUGGCCGCCCUGGUCUCCUUCGUCCUGGCCUGGUUUGAGGAAGGCGAGGAGACCACGACAGCCUUCGUGGAGCCCCUGGUCAUCAUGCUGAUCCUUGUGGCCAAUGCGAUCGUGGGCGUGUGGCAGGAACGCAACGCAGAGAGUGCCAUCGAGGCCCUCAAGGAGUAUGAACCUGAGAUGGGCAAGGUGAUACGCGCGGACCGCAAGGGUGUGCAACGCAUCCGUGCCCGGGACAUCGUCCCUGGAGACAUCGUGGAAGUGGCAGUGGGAGACAAAGUGCCUGCCGACCUCCGUCUCAUAGACAUCAAGUCCACCACGCUGAGAGUGGACCAGUCCAUCCUGACCGGUGAAUCUGUAUCUGUGACCAAGCACACGGAUGCCAUCCUGGACCCCAGAGCUGUCAACCAGGACAAGAAGAACAUGCUGUUUUCUGGCACCAACAUUGCAUCGGGCAAGGCAGUGGGUGUGGCAGUGGCCACGGGCCUGCACACGGAGCUGGGUAAGAUCCGCAGUCAGAUGGCCGCCGUGGAGCCAGAGCGGACGCCCCUGCAGCAGAAGCUGGACGAGUUUGGGCGGCAGCUGUCUCGCGCCAUCUCCGUGAUCUGCAUGGCCGUGUGGGUCAUUAACAUCGGUCACUUUGCUGAUCCCGCCCACGGCGGCUCCUGGCUUCGAGGUGCUGUCUACUACUUCAAGAUCGCUGUGGCCCUGGCUGUGGCUGCCAUCCCCGAGGGCCUCCCGGCUGUCAUCACUACUUGCCUAGCACUGGGCACGCGGCGCAUGGCCCGUAAGAACGCCAUUGUGCGGAGUCUGCCCUCUGUGGAGACCCUGGGCUGCACCUCGGUGAUCUGCUCAGACAAGACGGGCACGCUCACCACCAAUCAGAUGUCGGUCUGCCGGAUGUUCGUGGUAGCCGAGGCCGGAGCGGGUAUCUGCCGUUUGCACGAGUUCACCAUCUCAGGCACCACGUAUGCCCCGGAGGGCGAAGUGCGUCAGGGAGAGCGGCGAGUGCGCUGCGGGCAGUUUGAUGGGCUGGUGGAGCUGGCAACCAUCUGUGCCCUGUGCAAUGAUUCAGCGCUGGACUACAACGAGACCAAGGGUGUGUAUGAGAAGGUAGGAGAGGCCACGGAGACAGCCCUGACCUGCCUGGUGGAGAAGAUGAAUGUUUUUGACACGGACCUGCAGGCUCUCUCCCGGGUGGAGCGAGCUGGCGCCUGCAAUGCGGUCAUCAAGCAGCUGAUGCAGAAGGAGUUCACCCUGGAGUUCUCCCGAGACCGGAAGUCCAUGUCAGUGUACUGCACGCCCACCCGCCCUGGCCUGGCGGCCCAGGGCAGCAAAAUGUUUGUGAAGGGGGCUCCUGAGAGUGUGAUUGAGCGCUGCACCUCGGUCCGUGUGGGAAGCCACACAGUACCCCUGGACACCACCUCCAGGGAGCAGAUCCUGGCCACGGUCAAGGAUUGGGGCUCAGGUUUGGACACGCUGCGCUGCUUGGCACUGGCCACCCGGGACGCGCCCCUGAGGAAGGAGGACAUGCAACUGGAUGACUGCAGCAAGUUUGUGCAGUACGAGACGGACCUGACCUUCGUGGGCUGCGUGGGCAUGCUGGACCCUCCGAGGCCCGAGGUGGCUGCCUGCAUUGCACGCUGCCACCAGGCAGGCAUCCGUGUGGUCAUGAUCACAGGGGACAACAAAGCCACAGCCGUGGCCAUCUGCCGCCGGCUUGGCAUCUUCGAGGACACGGAGGACGUGGUGGGCAAGGCCUACACGGGCCGCGAAUUCGAUGACCUCAGCCCCGAGCAGCAGCGCUAUGCCUGCCGCACGGCCCGCUGCUUUGCCCGGGUGGAGCCCGCCCACAAAUCCCGCAUUGUGGAGAACCUGCAGUCCUUUAAUGAGAUCACUGCCAUGACAGGAGACGGAGUGAAUGAUGCCCCAGCCCUGAAGAAAGCAGAGAUCGGCAUUGCCAUGGGCUCUGGCACGGCCGUGGCCAAGUCAGCGGCGGAGAUGGUACUCUCAGACGACAACUUUGCCUCCAUCGUGGCCGCGGUAGAGGAGGGCCGGGCCAUCUACAGCAACAUGAAGCAAUUCAUCCGCUACCUCAUCUCCUCCAACGUUGGCGAGGUUGUCUGCAUCUUCCUCACAGCCAUUCUGGGCCUGCCCGAAGCCCUGAUCCCUGUGCAGCUCCUCUGGGUGAACCUGGUGACCGAUGGCCUACCUGCCACAGCCCUGGGCUUCAACCCACCAGACCUGGACAUUAUGGAGAAACGGCCCCGAAACCCUCGAGAGGCCCUCAUCAGUGGCUGGCUCUUCUUCCGAUAUCUAGCUAUUGGAGUGUACGUCGGCCUGGCCACAGUGGCUGCUGCCACCUGGUGGUUCCUGUAUGAUGCCGAGGGACCGCAGGUCACCUUCUACCAGCUGAGGAACUUCCUGAAGUGCUCCGAGGACAGCCCGCUCUUUGCCGGCAUUGACUGCAGGGUCUUUGAGUCGCGCUCCCCCACCACCAUGGCCUUGUCUGUACUGGUGACCAUCGAGAUGUGCAACGCCCUGAACAGCGUCUCGGAGAACCAGUCACUGCUGCGGAUGCCGCCCUGGCUGAACCCCUGGCUGCUGGCGGCCGUGGCCAUGUCCAUGGCCCUGCACUUCCUCAUUCUGCUUGUGCCGCCCCUGCCUCUCAUCUUCCAAGUGACCCCACUGAACGGGCGCCAGUGGGUGGCGGUGCUCCAGAUAUCGCUGCCUGUCAUCCUGCUCGACGAGGCUCUCAAGUACCUGUCCCGGACGCACGUGGACGGUGAGUGGAGGCCCCAGACCCCCCCACUGGCUCUCCUCCAGCCCGCCUCCCCGCCUGCCUCCACCCCCAGUCUGCAAAGACAAGGACCAGAAGUGAGUGCGGGGAGCAGAGUGGAGUCUCCAGCGUGUACCUCAGAGUGA